GUACGUCUGUAUCUUCAAGCAAUCCCCUCAUGAAUCUGAAGAAUCUGAAUUACUUUUGAAUUUCCGCUCGGUUAUUAUGGACAGAUUUUCAUCUGCAGUAAAGAAUCUUUACGCGGUAGAUCAGUUGCGUUUUUAGGAGCGAAAUGAUUGACGAUGAGGUGCCUCGAGCGCGUUUGUCCGUUGUUAAAUUUAUGGAAUUGGUAUUCGCAAUCACGUGCUUGGUUUUACACUACUACAGUUUCUACGACGGUGACAUAGUUACUUCCUUCAUUACAACCGGCACUUUCACUGGAUUUGUCGUUAUAAUUGUAGCAUUAUUCGGAGGUCUUUUGAUGCAUUCUCCAAUCAACAAACGCAUUGAUAUAUUGCUGAGCAUCAUGGGAUGUGCCAGUUUCAUCACAUCAGGAGUUCUCCUGAUAGAAGCUUGGGAAUACUCGUUUCGAACUAAAACUCGAGAUCUAGCAAUCAUCAAAGCAUCAGUUGCUAUCAUAAAUGGGGCAAUGUUUGGAUUUGAUGCGAUAUUUACAUUCCGAGAUAAAUAA